CGUGUUUUGUCAGUAGGAUUACAGAAAACGAAAUUAUUUGGUUGGUGAACCUGCAUUUGCCGCCAUCGGUCCAUCAGUCGUCCAAUCGUCGAUCUCGGCUACAGCUGGUUGGUUUAUCAGAAGCAGGUGCUGCGCUCUCCCGAGAGUUCUGUAUAGUUCUCCAUUUCCAUUUGUUUUGUACAGUUUUGCGAAGUCUGAAGAGCAGAUUCUUCAUUUACUUCACUGAAGGAUAUCCAUUAACGGGACCCGCGAGGGUGUAUUCAUGCUGGCAGGCAGACCCAUAGGUCCGGCCGCAGCUCACCAUGGUCGACUACUACCGGGUUUUGGAAGUGCAACGGAGUGCCAGUACAGCAGAUAUUAAAAAAGCGUACCGGAAGCUAGCCCUUAAAUGGCAUCCAGACAAGAAUCCAGACAACCUAGAUGAGGCAACAAAGCGCUUCAAAGAAAUUUCUGAGGCAUAUGAAGUAUUAUCUGAUGAGAAAAAGAGGAGAGUCUAUGAUCAGUAUGGAAAAGAAGGCCUUGCUGGGGGCACUCGAGGUGGUCGGUACCGCCAAGAUGGUGCAGAUAUGGACUUCGACAUUGGAGGAUUUGGAAUGGGGGGCUUCCCGUUUACUUUCAGAGAUCCUGAAGAAGUGUUCCGAGAAUUUUUUGGAAAUUCUCCCUUUCAAGAAUUUUUCCCCGAAAUGGCAGGCAGAGAUCGCCAGAGGCGUGGAGCACGGUCUCAAGAUACUGCUGUUAGUUCCCGGUUUAUGAGUCCAUUCUCAUUUGGCCUUGGCUUUGAUUUGGAUGACAUGAUGAGUAUGGGUAUGGGUGGCCAUGGUGGUUUCACGUCCUUCUCAAGUGUAAUGAGUACAGCAGGUGGCACUGGUAGUACUGGUGGAAACGUGAAGAGGACUUCCACCUCGACGCGGUUUAUCAACGGAAAAAAGAUCACCACCAAAAAGAUUGUUGAAAAUGGUAGAGAAACAACUAUGACAUACGAAAAUGAUGUGCUGACCUCCAAGACUGUAAAUGGUGUCGCCCAGUCAAUUACAUACAGCUAGGUUCAUCCCACUCAUGCUGCUCUCUCCUGAUUAGGGGUCCUGGAAUGAAUAAAACAUUUUAUGUGUCCUACUUCUACUGUGGGAUUUUAAACAUAAUUUCCUAGAGUACACUAUUUAGUGUCCAUUCAGUAUAGAUAAUUUCAUGUAUUUAUUUUACACCUUGACUGCAUUGGUGCAAGAAACAUUGCUAGUAAUCGAACUUUUUUCUUGCAAAAUGCAGUUGCAUUAAGUGUGUAGGUAGUGAAUGAUGCACUUUUUUUUAUUUUUAUGUGUGCAUUAAUAUGCUUUGGGUUUCUUAAUGCACCACUGUAGUACCUUGAGUAAACUGGGUUACUUUUCAAUCUCACAAAAGUCAUUGAAAUUUUUCUGAAUUACGUUGUGUUCAUAUUUAAUAAUUUUUAAUUUUAAAAUUUGUAAGACAUUUUUUUCGGAUUACAUUCUUACCAAUUUCUUGUUCUUGGGAGGUAUUUUCAUACAUUUAGUGUUUCUGCUUUAAUCUAAAUGUUACAUUACUUGACACAUUUUCUAUCCCGUGUUUAAAAUCUUCGUAAUUGUUCCCCAAUUUCUAGGAUUAUUAUUUGCAAUUGAAUGAACUGUACACUUGUACAUCUUGCUGUUGUCUUUACUAAACAGUUGGUGUGUAGUCAAACUGCCCACCCAGUUGCAAAGUGUAGUGUGAGAGAUGUGUGUGUGGCUGAAUUACAAACAAUUAAAAGGGCCUGGGCAAAUGAGUGCUGCUCCAUUUUGGAUCUCCCCAGGACCCAGUUUUUGUGUUCUUUCUUUUAACCUUUAGUUGCAUUGGUGUAAUCGCUUAUUUAUUUUAAUUGUUCUUUUUUUUUAAUGUGUUGCAUAUGAUUCUUGGUACAUUAAUUUGACAUGAUGAUGUGAAAUGUUGGGUGGGCAACAACUGUGAAAUUUAUAUUCUUAGUCAUAUUGAUGAAAGUUGUGAUAUCAGACUGUAUUCUGUUGGUAUUUAUCAGGAUGUGUUGUGUACAGUCCAUUGAGGUGGGCACUGAUAUGCGUGUGUGUUGGCUUACAACAUGUUACAUCCAUGAAAAUGUUGUCAAGAAGUUAUGCUGGGAAGAGGAAAUAGCAGAAUCCCUUGCAUUGAUAAGGGUUGUGAUAUAAAUGUACUAUAUGUAACCUUAGCUACAUGCACUCAGUUAUUCUUGUGAGCUAAGGAAAAUAAAUACUAUAGGUGAAUUUUGUGAUUUGCCUCCUUGUCACCACCUUAUUGGUAUUUACAUAUCCUUAAACAAUUACUUAUAUAGAAUUCAUAGAACAGGAAUUGACAUUGUCUUCUGUUAAUUGAUGCUUGUAAAAAUAAUCUGAAUUCAGUUUCUAAGUUAAGUUCUGUAUAUUAUUUCAUUGCUGAAUUCUGCAAACAAAAAAUUCAAGCAGAAAAUGCUGCAUGGUAUGUUGCUAUCAAUGCAUACUUUUUUUCAGAACA